CUGACUGGUCUGCAUCUAUGCAGCCCCAUACGCAACAACUGCACUGUGUAUUCUGACACCUUUCUAUCAGAACCAGCAUUAACUCCUUGAGCAAUUUAAACUACAGUAGUUUGUCUGUUGGAUCGGACCACACGGGCCAGCCUUCACUCCCCACGUGCAUCAAUGAACCUUGGCCGCCCAUGACCCUGUCGCCGGUUCACCACUGUUCCUUCCUUGGACCACUUUUGAUAGAUACUGACCACUGCAGACCGGGAACACCCCACAAGAGCUGCAGUUUUGGAGAUGCUCUGACCCAGUCGUCUAGCUAUCACAAUUUGGCCCUUCACUCAAAUCCCAUUUUUCUUGCUUGUAAUACAUCAGCUUUGAGGACAAAAAGUUCACUUGCUGCCUAAUAUAUCCCACCCACUAACAGGUGCCAUGAUAAAGAGAUAAUCAGUGUUAUUCACUUCACCUGUCAGUGGUCAUAAUGUUAUGCCUGAUUGGUGUAUAUAUAGUGUUUGUAUGUAUUGUUUAUGGGUCUUGCUAUAUGCAAAUUAAUCCUUCUGAAACCAGACAUAAAAUUAUAUGUAAUUUGUAUUAAUAAUUAUUGUCUAUUGCCCUCAAAUGUCUUCCUUAUGUCAUGUUCCCAGAUGCCUGUAUCCAAGUGCACUUCUGAGUGUCCCCCUGGGACACGUAAAGCCAUUAAGAAGGGCCUUCCAGUGUGCUGUUUUGACUGUUUGCCCUGUACAGAGGGGGAAAUCAGCAAUAGUACAGGCUCAAUAAAAUGUUAUCGCUGUCCCCAAGAGUUCUGGUCAAAUAGUUUCAGAAAUGAAUGUGUGCCCCGUGAGAUGGAGUUUCUUUCUAUUGGAGAAACAAUGGGCAUUACGCUGACGGGUGUUGCCAUUUCGGGUGCUGUCAUUACAGCUACAGUGGCUGUUAUUUUCCUGCACCAUAGGAACACUCCAAUAGUUAAAGCUAACAACUCAGAGCUCAGCUUCCUGCUCCUGCUGUCUCUCAAACUCUGCUUCUUGUGCUCGCUAGUAUUUGUAGGCCAGCCAUCACUCUGGUCAUGUAGGAUUCAACAGGCGGUUUUUGGGAUCAGUUUUGUCAUGUGCAUCUCCUGUAUUCUGGUCAAGACCAUUGUAGUUCUAGUUGCAUUCCACUCUGCUAGACCUGGAUCCUCAGCUCUUAUCAAGUGGUUCGGACCGGGCCAGCAGAGAGGAAGCGUUCUGGUCUUUACCUGCAUUCAAGUGAUUAUCUGUGCCAUUUGGCUCUCUGUCAGUCCGCCUUCACCUCGCCGUAACUUUGGAAUCCAUGGUUCAAAGGUCAUCCUUGAGUGCACAGUUGGGUCAGUUGUGGGAUUCGCCUGUGUACUGGGCUACAUUAGCUUUCUGGCUGCUCUCUGCAUUCUGCUGGCCUUCUUUGCCCGUAAACUUCCAGAUAAUUUUAAUGAGGCGAAAUUUAUUACUUUUAGCAUGUUGAUCUUUUGUGCUGUGUGGAUUGCUUUUGUGCCAGCAUAUGUGAGCUCACCAGGGAAGUACAGUGUUGCUGUGGAAAUUUUUGCCAUCUUGGCCUCUAGUUUUGGACUCUUGUUUUGUAUCUUUGUCCCAAAAUGUUACAUUAUUUUACUCAAGCCAGAAAACAACACUAAAAAUUUUCUUAUGGGUAAAGCAUAAUUAUACAUCUGAAAACCUUUUCUGUUUUGUGAUUCUGUUUCCCUAUAAUAAAGCUGUUCUGAGUCACA